GGCCAUGCAGUCGGGAGAAAAGGUCCAGAUUCAUCUCCUGAAAUAGCCUGAAUGUACCAGUCCAUACAUUCUUUCUUUAACAUUGAAACUGAAAGGAAGCGUUUGAUUCAGUCACGAGAUUGCAAUGAUUUUAAUGAUCGGUAAUAUCGAUAUCGUCAGUAAAUGAUGAAGAUCUAUUUUUCGCAUACUCUCGGAUGAAAAAUCCGAGUGUGCAGUACAGAUACAGUCUUAACACUUUAUAUAUUAGAUCGUGGUCGAUCACAUACACAUAUUGCUAUAGGCUAAUGCUAUUCAUUUUCAUAUUUCGAUGAAGAGCUCUUGUAUAUUGGGAGCAUGAGGACAAGAGCCACUUAUCUUGGUUGUAUCCUAUAUCGUUUUAUCGUGUGAAUGUGAAAAUGAAAACAAGGAGAAAAAAUUUGCUCCGAACUAUAAAUCUGUAUGCAUGGAGAUGGAAUUGGAAAAGC